AUGCGGCGCUAUGCAUGGGCUCAAGCCACACAUAAGUGGCUUAUGGAUGGCGUCCCGCAAAUGGCCGCCAGAGUUCAAGCAAGAUGCUCUGGUAAGAAGACAAACACUGGCUACUUGCGAGGAUGUGAUGUCGCUCUAAAUAUUUGGUUCUACGAAGUAACUAGCACCGGCAAGAAGGUGCAAUUUGCACCAUCCCCACGCCCUUCCCUCUCCGCACCAGCCAAGCAAUCCCCACCCGCUUCCCCCUCCACACUCGAUCCGUCAUCCCCACUCCCUCCCUCCUUUACAACCAACAAGCAAUCCCCACCCGCUUCCCCUCUGCACCCAAUCCGUCAUUCCCACUCCCUUCGCCCUCCCGGACCCGCGCUAUCUUCCCCAAUCCCUCCCUCUCCGGAUCCGCAGAACCUUCCCCCUGCCCCUUCCCACUCCGGACCGGUGCCAUCUUGUCCAUUUCCUUCCUUCUCUAAACCGACGAAGCCAUCUCCACCCGUUUCACCACCAGUCGACGUCACCGAAAACGUCAACGUCAAGUCUAUAAUCGAAUCACUAACAUCCUUGAGAAAUGAUCUGCCCCCUUCGUCAGAUGAGAAGUUUGGAAAUGUGGAGGACAUCCACACUGACCCACCAACUGGUCAUGAGGUAUCGAACAUGGAGGACAUCCACACUGACUCCCCGAAUCUAAAACUGUCUCCGUCGACAAGCGCGAAACCAUCAACUGACACUACUGAUGAAGCGUCAGUUGUCAUCCCAAAACCAAUACCGGAGACGUCAUCAAUUGAGGAACAGGCAGUGGUACCGACCGAACAAGUUACUCAGACUUUUAGGGUACCACGGAACAAACGUCCUGCCGGAUUUAUGAGAUUAAAUAAAGUCAAACAACUGACAAUCAGCCACUUUCUAAACUGUCCGAUGGACAUGUAA